CCACCCCACGAAAAAAAAGAGGACUACCGUUUACAGCCCCAUGAACAUACAGAGAUCCAGUCCUAUCAGUAUAGUGAGGUAUGGGCGAUCGAGGCAUAAGGCUCACCAUGAAUAUGAAGAAUUGUCUUGCGUGAGGACUAGUGACUGCAGUCAGAGCUUCAGCCCGAACCUCGGCUCUCCCAGUCCACCCGAAACCCCCAACUCGUCACACUGUGUGUCCCAAAUCGGAAAGUACCUCUUGUUGGAGCCUUUAGAGGGUGACCACGUUCUCAGGGCUGUGCAUUUGCACAGCGGCGAGGAGCUCACUUGUAAGGUAUUCGAAAUCGGUCGGUAUCAAGAAACGUUGGGAGCCUAUUUCUGUUUGUCUGCACAAGACAACAUCAACCAGAUCACCGAAAUCCUCCUGGGGGAGCAGAGGGCGUGUUUCUUUGAAAGGAGCCAUGGGGAUAUGCAUUCCUUCGUUCGCACUUGCAAGAGGCUCAAAGAGGACGAGGCGGCCCGACUGUUCUAUCAGAUAACGUCCGCCGUCGCUCACUGCCACGACAGUGGUGUGGUACUGCGAGACCUCAAACUGAGAAAAUUUGUCUUUAAGGAUGAGGAACGGACACACGUGAAGUUGGAAAGCUUGGAGGAUGCUUAUAUCUUGACCGGUGAAGAUGACUCUCUUUCGGACAAGCAUGGUUGUCCAGCAUAUGUGAGCCCUGAAAUCCUUAACACCAAUGGCAGCUACUCUGGUAAGGCAGCUGACGUUUGGAGUCUAGGUGUGAUGCUCUACACAAUGCUCGUGGGACGGUAUCCCUUCCAUGACGUAGAACCCAGUUCACUCUUUAGCAAGAUUCGACGUGGCCAAUUUAGCAUUCCAGAAACUCUUUCCCCACGGGCAAAAUGCCUUAUCCGUAGCAUCUUGCGACGUGAGCCUUCGGAGAGGCUGACAUCCCGGGAAAUCUUGGACCAUCCUUGGUUUGCCUCUGAUUUCACAGCUUCUAGUUCCGGAUAUGGUGCUAGCGAAAAAGAGGCUGCGGAUCAGCUGGUGCCUGACGUGAAUAUGGAUGUUGAGUUGGACCCAUUUUUCAAUUGAGCUCACCCGCAGGAUGGGCGUCAUCUAGAAGGUACAACACCCGGUACCCACCGCAUGAAGGAGUCCUUCCUGAUCUGACUAAUGGUACCUUGAAUCGACCUAGCUUGGUAGCAAAAGUCGGACAGAUGUUUCAUGAUUUUAAAAUGACUAGCAAAGUGGGACUUCUAAGGGUUAACAUGUAGCACAAAAAAAUUAGCGGGUUCUGCUAUCAAGUUAGAUUGAUUUGGAGGAAAAGGCAGUAUAAAAUGUUGCAGCUUCUCAUCUCAUGGAGCCAAGGAGAGCGCUGAAUACUGCAUGUGUUAGUCACUGCAGUUCAUCACUCCAUUUUAUAAUGGUUGCAAAUCACAAUUAAAUAGAAACGUAAUUAGCCUCUACACGAUGUAACACAUUGGCAUCGCACUGUUAGAUUAUUUUCCUUCUCUCAUUAUUCAGGGAAUGUACAAUCCUGUAAGAGUCUCUUUAUAAUUGUUUCCUGAUGUUUUACUUCAAUGUGAUUCAUUUAAAAAAAAUUCUAGGUGCACAUGACCGACUGAUAUAAAAUGCGGGUGCUAUAAGGAAAAGUUCUGCUCGUGUUUAUAUGUAGCUAUUUUCAUUAUCUUAUCUUAUGUAAUUCAUCCUCNUUUUUUUCCUGAGUAAACUGCUUAAUAUUCUUGUCAGAGAAACAAAAGACAAUUUUAAUGCUUAGUUCCCCAAGUAGGAAUAACUGUUAUUCGUUGAGUGUACAAUACUUUGUUGCAGGUUGGCAGGAAGCUAUUGAAAUGUCACUUAUACGUAACUCCACUGGUUUGGUGAAGUCUCUUUUGGAGGAUAUUCAGGGUUUGAAAUACCACAGUUUAUAGUAACCGCUGUACUAGUGCAAAUAAAACUGGCCCUGCCUUGUCAAAGUAAUCUCAUGCUUUUGGUAGUAAAUAUUUUAUUUUAAAAUUCAGAUUACUUUUCUGGUUUUGAAAUCUAGUUUCUGUAGGAAGGGGUGAGAUAAAGAAAGUCUUCCCUUUUACACUGCUUUUCUUGCCCCUUCUUCAUUCUUUCUCUUCCCUGUACCUCCCCAAAAUCUCUUAAGUUUGCUGAGAUAAUAACCAUCUUGGGCUCCACAGUGUGCUACUAAUCAAAUGUCUCCAGAAAAUCAGGUCCUUAUCUGCCACUGCACGACCCCCUGAAGAAUAUAGGCUUGUCAAGAAAUUGGAAGUGUCUAGUUCGUGACACUUCACUAGCCCGCUUGAGGCAAUUCAAAUGUGGGUGUAUUGAAUGAAUACCUAAUGCGUUCAGUUUGAUAGCAUUAUAUUACUGUAAUGGACAGUCAUGUCUGCUUACAGCCUUCUUAUUUAUGAGCGUCAGAGUAUUCUUUGAAAACAACUUUAGAAUAUUUUGUCUCCUUUCUAUCUGCUGGAGAAUAAAUAAACUCUCCCUUUAAGAUCAGUGGCAAUGCUGCUUUAAAUCAUGAACUGUUUGCCAAGCUGGUCCAGUAACAACUGGUUGAAGCUUUUCAUAAGUUUAAAGCAUCCACACUGCUGAGAACCUCAAGUAGGGUUGUGUGUGAGUAAUUGUGGUCAUGGGUUCAGUGUCCUAUGAACAAUAUACUAUAAGAUUUUAAUGAAUUGCUGGUCCACCCUUGUGGAUCAGAAGUUCAGUGAAUUCAUCAAGCAGUAAAUUUGUCGGAUCUAUUAUUUUGCAGUGAGACUCUGCUUCUAUGAGGCACCGUAUUGAGUGAGCGCAUCAUGUCUGGGAAGGCCCAGUUACAAUGGAGUUGCCCUGCCUCAUUGAGCCCAAGGUGGUAAAAUUACAAGCAUUAAAACACUAGACAUGAUUUUAGUUGCUAAGUUACCAUUUUGUUUUGUGGUCAUGAAUGCAUCAUCAUGUGGUUAGAUGCAACUGAAUUGUGUGCCAAGGAUACAUUACCAAGUUUUCUUUUAAAUAAAUGGACUAGAGUACUCUUGACAGUCCAUAGUACAUUACUAAUACUGUACAUGAUGGAAAAUACUGUGAAAAUCAAGUACAACUGACCUUUUUACAAAGCAUUAUAUCCAGUACAAGCACAUUAUGGGCCUAUUUUGGUUUAAAAACACAGCACAGAUGAAUCUUGUGCAUUCAUUGUGUAUUUCAAACCCCGAAUAGCUGUAGGUUUGUAGAAUGUAUUUUUUUUAAUUUUAGCUUGUCAAAUUGCUUUUCCUCUGCUUUCAAAUUGCUAUAUCUUAUGAACCUCUUAUCCAGCAUCCUUUAUUUCUUGUGUUGUCUCCAGUACCUCAGUUGUUUGAUUACUGCCUGUACCAGUUCUGUGAAAUGGUCAUGUUGGUAGGUAUAUGUGGACUCUUGUAGUACGUAAUUGUUACUUGAAUUUGUGCUUUUAUAGUAUGUUGCAUGUACGUACAGCUACUUGACCUAUUUGACUUAUGGAUGCUAUUGCCUGCAUUUCAGGAGAGCUUAUGCCAAUUUAAAAACACAGAAAGAGGAUGGUUCAGUUUUCAUUGGGGGGGGAAAAAGCUGCAGCGGACCUGCCUAGUGUUAAUUUGACAAAAAAUUUCACAAAGUAAAAAGGGAGUGAAUUUAUAUUCACUCCGUAGAUGGUGCUGAGUUGGUGCUAUGUUAAGGAGGACUACUUGUCUUUGUUUCAAACUAAAAUGGAAGGGGAAAGGAGGAGAUUGCAUGGUGGGUUUUACUGCCUCUGGUGUUUUGAUUGUAUUGUAUUUGGUUUGAUGUUUUGUCCUAAUCUUCUCUUCAGUAAAUAAAUUGUGAAUUGCACAUUUAA